AGUCAAUCCUCUUUUGUGUCAUCAUUCAGCAAAAACCACUCAACAGUCGCCCAAUUGCGAGAAAAAAAAACAUUUCGCAAAUAACCAGUAACCCAGUGUCUGAAGAGAAAAUCCUCCUUGUCCUCUUCCCCUGUAUUUUUUCUCCCCCGGGUGGUGUGAGAUUUUUUUUGAGCUGACAUAGACACGAGAUAUUUACACCUGAUACUACCUCUCCAAGGGUCAUUGUUCCUCAUCUCCAGACGAAACAAAAAUAAUGGUAUCUACUAGAAGAGCCACGCAUGCCGGCACUUGGUACACUGAUUCUGGAUAUGAAUUGAAUAAGCAACUUGAAGACUGGCUCAAUGCUGCUGAUUUGUCUCAUGGACCUGCCAGGGCGAUUAUUGCCCCACACGCUGGGUACAGCUACUGCGGGGGAUGUGCAGGAUUCGCCUAUCGACAGAUUAGUCCAAUCGUUGUACGUAGAAUAUUUAUUCUGGGGCCAUCUCAUCAUGUACGGUUACGAGGAUGUGCUCUGUCAUCAGCGACAACGUAUCAAACGCCCUUGUACGAUCUCACGAUUGAUCAGGAAGUGUGUCGAGAGCUCAAGGAAACAGGACAGUUCGAAUGGAUGAACAUGAAUACAGAUGAGGACGAGCACAGCAUCGAGAUGCAACUGCCAUUUAUCGCGAAAGUCAUGGAGAACUUCAAGACCGCGUUCACCAUAAUUCCAAUUCUCGUUGGAUCGUUAUCGUGGGAGAAAGAAGCGAUUUAUGGACGUUUGUUAGCUCCUUAUAUAGCGGAUCCCCAAAAUCUCUUCAUAAUCUCCUCGGAUUUUUGUCACUGGGGGCAGAGAUUUCGGUACACGUACUACGACCGCUCCAACGGUCCCAUCUACAGGUCCAUCCAAGCUCUCGAUAAAAUGGGAAUGGAUAUUAUAGAGACGUUGAAUCCCUCCUCUUUUACUGAAUAUUUAAAAAAAUAUGGGAAUACAAUCUGUGGACGUCAUCCCAUUGGCGUUUUACUUCAGGCAAUCCAGAGCUUCAAGGAAAACUGCAACGAUCAAAGAAUGAAUCUGAAAUUCCUGAAAUAUGCUCAAAGCAGUCAAUGCGAAAACAUGUACGACAGUUCAGUGAGCUACGCAAGUGCUUCCCUGGUGCUCGAGUGACAGACUAUACCAAAAUGAUCUCCUGAGCCCUAUGCAUUUACAUCGUAAACCAAAAUAAGUUUUGAAUGCACUACGAGAUUAUCUCGAAAGAGGACUAGCAAUAUUAAUCAUAUUAAUGAACACGAGGGAAAUGUGUGAAGUUGCUACCUAUAACUAGAUGGUUUUGCUUUGGACUUCAUUCGCCUUACGUUUAUAAAUGCAAAACAGACUUACUAAGUUUAUUAAUAUCACAUAUAAUGAAUUUAUUCAACAAUGAUUCAUUGAAUAGUGUACGAGUACGUAAACAGAUCUACGUGAUAAGCUUAAUAACGGUGGAAACUUAAAUGUUUUUAUCUAUUUUUCCAGUAAAAUUGAAAAAUUGAAA